GGCUAAUCCCCAGAGCCACCUCCCGGCAUUAGGUAACGGCGCGGCGGGAUGCGCUCGGCGGCGGCCCCGGCGUGCCCGGUGCGGGCCGGGGGCCGCGGGCGCCCGCCGCCGAGCCCCGGGAGGGCCCGGCCCGAGGCCGGCUGGUAGUGGCGGGCGGAGAGGCGGGCCGGGGGCGGGCAUGCCGGGACCCUCGCCCGGCAGCUCCCCGGAGAGGCAGGCGGGGGCCGGAGGGCGGCCGCGGGGGCCCGGCCGGGGCCGGCGGGUGCGGUUCCGCCUGCUUCCCACCGCCAUCGCGCUGCCGUCGGUGCGCGAAGAGGAGCGGCUCUUCUACCGGCGGCUGGAGGCGCUGGCGGCCCCGGGCCCCGGCGGCUUCGGGCCGCUCUUCGCGGCCGACGGUUGGAGCGACCUGACGGAGGACCGGCUGCUGCGGAAACGCGUGGUGCAGGACGGGCGGGGCGGGCCGAGGCCGCGGCCGGGCCAGGAGGUGUCGGUGAAGGUGCUGGGCGCGCUGGAGGACGGAGGGCUGGUGGAGCGGGACCCGCGGCUCACCUUCGUGCUGGGCCACGGCGACGUGGUGCAGGUCAGCCCCGGCCGGGGCGCGGCGUGGGCGGAACGUCGCCCGGUGCCGCGCCCGGCCAGCCCCGCCGUCCCGCGUCCGCAGGCCCUGGAGCUGGGUGUCCCCACCAUGCAGCCCGGGGAGAUCUCCUUCUUCCUCGCCGCGUUCCCCUACGGCUACGGCCGCCCGGGCAGGGAGCCCGACGUGCCGCCCGAGGCGCCGCUGCUGUUCGAGGUGACGCUGCUGGAGGUGCGGGACGGCCCCGACGGGCAGCUGCUGCUGCCUGCCGCUCGCCUGCUCCUGGGCGCGCAGCGGAGGCAGCGGGGCAACUUCCACUUCGCGCGGGGCGACUUCGCGGCAGCGCUGCGCUCCUACGGCCUGGCCCUGCGAGCCCUCGACGGCCCCGCCGCCGCACCCCCCGGGCCACAGGAGGAAGAGGAGCUGCGGGAGCAGCGCGUCAAGUGCCUCAACAACUGCGCGGCAGCCGAGCUGAAGCUGCAGCGGGCGGGCGAGGCGCUGGCGGCCUGCGAGGCAGCUCUGCGCAUCAGCCCUGAGAACGGCCGAGCGCUGCUCCGCCGGGGGCAGCUCCUGGCGCAGCAGGGCCGGGACGCGGAGGCCGCGCUCGUCCUCAGGAGAGCCCUGGAGCUGGACCCGGCCAGCAAGGUGAUCCACGCCGAGCUCUCACGGCUGGUGAAGCGCCGGGGCCCCCCGGCCCACCCCGCUCCGCAGGAGCCCCUGCAGGGCCCGACGCCGCCGCCGAGCCCCGGAGCCCCGGAACCACCCGCGGCGGAAGGAGCGGGCUGAGCAGCCCCGCGGAGCCCGCCCGGAGGAGCCGUCCCGCCGGGGAUGGAGGAGAAGCUGCGGUGCCGCCCACGGCGCCGGGCCGAGGAGCGGGAAAAGCGCCCGCGCC